GUUAACACGACCACUGUUUUCACCAUUACACCGAUCGUUUCCAUGUGUCAUGACUGUGUUUGCAGUUGACAGCUCAGUUUAAAGUGCUGCGGAGUGAAACUCAAGAAAGAUUACAGCAUGGCUCCUCUAUCUCAAUCUUUGUUGAGUAGACUUCAUCUGAGACCACAGCAUAUGAGGACACUUCUUCAGAGGGGCGUCUCUUUUUGUCCUAACACGGACCCUAAAAGACAGCACAGCUCUUCAGCUCACAGAAGGAGGGUUGUCAUCACUGGUAUUGGACUGGUUUGUCCUCUGGGUACUGGGACAGCUCUGCCCUGGGACAGACUGAUUAAAGGUCAAAGUGGGAUUGUUGCCCUGGACUCUGAGGAGUAUAAAACCAUCCCAUGUAGAGUGGCAGCACUAGUACCACGAGGAGACGACCCGGGUCAUUUUAAGGAGGACCGGUUUGCUGCUCGAGGGGAGAUCAACAGCAUGUCACCAGCCACUGUGAUGGCCCUCGGAGCCGCUCAGCUGGCCCUAGAGGACUCAGGAUGGUACCCAGGAACCCCAGAGGAGCAGCUUAGCACUGGGGUGGCUGUUGGCAUGGGUAUGGUGUCACUUGAUGAAAUCGCUCGCACCUCUGCUGCUUUCAAAGAGAAGGGGUACAACAGAGUCAGCCCCUUCUUUGUGCCUAGAAUCCUGGUCAACAUGGCGGCUGGUCACAUCAGCAUCAAACACAAACUGAAGGGUCCCAAUCACGCCGUGUCCACAGCGUGCACGACAGGAGCACAUGCUUUAGGUGAUGCAGCCAGGUUCAUAGCGCAUGGGGAUGCAGUUGCCAUGGUUACAGGAGGAACAGAGUCAUGUGUGGGGCCCCUGUCCAUUGCUGGGUUUGCCAGAGCUCGAGCCCUUGCCACUAAAUGGAAUGACAACCCCACACAGGCAUCCAGACCCUUCCACCCAGAGAGAGAGGGCUUCGUGAUGGGAGAAGGCGCCGCAGUGAUGGUCUUAGAGGAAAUGGAGCACGCAGUGAGAAGAGGGGCCAGGAUUUAUGCAGAGGUCCUCGGGUAUGGACUCUCAGGUGACGCCAGCCACAUCACAGCACCCACCGCAGAUGGAGAUGGAGCAUUCAGAUGUAUGUCUGCAGCACUCAGAGAUGCCGGCGUCUCUCCAGCUGAAGUGACAUACAUAAACGCUCACGCCACCUCCACACCUUUGGGUGAUGCAGCUGAAAAUACAGCCAUUAAGAGACUCUUCCAUGAAAACCUUACGAACCUGGCAGUCUCCUCCACAAAGGGGGCUACAGGACAUCUCCUGGGGGCUGCGGGGGCCCUGGAGGCCACAUUCACUGCUUUGGCCUGCUACCACAGGAUCCUCCCACCAACCCUCAACCUGGACCGCACUGAGCCAGAGUUUAACCUGAACUAUGUCCCCUGCACAGCUCAGACCUGGCAGACUGAGGGCCGACGGGUCGCCAUCACAAACUCAUUUGGAUUUGGAGGCACUAACGCAUCACUGUGCCUCGCCAGCGUCUGAUGUGUUGCUCUUUUAAAAGUGUACAGUAGCAAUUUUAACACAUAGAAUGUAUUAUACAUUUUCAGGAUAGUCUGUUGCUGAAAUCUUCCAGAGGCAGUUGUUUCUAUUCACCUCUUAGUUUGAGAUUUACCCUGUCACACAGAAGCAGGAGUGUCAGGAGGGAAGAUUUGCAGUAGAAAGAGCGACACAGAAAUGGCAGAGAAAGCAACCCAGAUCAGUGCCACGAUGACAUUUGCCUCCAAAAAUGUCUGGAAAUUAUCAGGGAUUUUGUGUUUGAGAUGAGCCUUAGGUGACUGAAUGUUUUGCAACAGAAUUGAUCUUCUACUUUCUUUCAUACUGAACUUAAAAAAAAGUAAAAUUUGGAUAUAAAAAAAUGAAUGAACAGGGAAAGUCCUGCUUUUCUUGUCAUGUUUUUGUGUAUGGGUGAUUUUCAAAAACCCAAAGACUAUAUUUAGUGAAAAAAAUGCUCAAAGGCAAAAUAUCUGAUAUUAAAAGUUAAAAAAUAUAUAAUGUUUCAGAGAUCUCUAAGCCCAUUAGACAAACAUAGCCAAUAUCAUGUCAAAAAUGUUGGUGCAGGGUCAUGAUUACCACUGCAGACAAAAGGAGCCACACCUUUAAAACUCUUUGCGGAAAAUGAAAGUACACCAUUGGGCUUGAUAUGACUGGAUCUAAGUGGCAUUAUCUUGUCUUCCAGCAGGUGGCGUCAACUCACAGCAAGUAAUGCCUUUCCCUUUGAGGUAGAUUUCCAAAACACCUUUAAAUGAGGGAAUUCAUGGAGCAUGCAGUGAAAAGGAAGCACAGAGCUGACUGGAGCCAAAAGGUAAAGCUCAGUCAGGUUCAUGUUAAAAUAAUCUGACCUAAAAGCAGCCAGGAAAUACAUAAGUGCUUGUAAGAGAUGGAAAGGGAGACUUUCAAGAGGCUUUUACAUCCAUUAGAGCAAACUGAGGGAAAAUCAAUCAGUAGGAGGUUGAUGUGAGUAAUCAUACAUUAAUAGGAUAAUAACUCGUAAAUGCUUCUCAUAAACACAGUAUAUCCAGCCUGGGUUUACUUUAAACUGAAACUCCUAAAGGGUUCAAGUUUGACCCUUGAUUGGUCCACUGACCCCUGCCUCUCAUAGCACCUAUUGCUGAAUGAUGUGUAGCUGCACUAUAAACCCCUGUUCCAGAAAAGUUGGGACAUUGUGCAAAAUGUGAAUUAAAAAAAUACAGUGAUUUGCAAACCUUUUCAACUGUUAUUCAACUGAAUACAGCACAAAGACAAAAUAUUUAACAUUGAAACUGAUAAGCUUAAUUUUUGUGUUGAAAAUAUACACAAGUUCUCCUUAAAGCCUGCUCUAGAAAAGCUGGGACACGGGCAAAAAUACCUGAAACAUUCCACAAGUAAGUCGGUUAAAUGGUGACAGGUGACCAUGAUUGGGUAUAAAAGGAGCACUCCAGGUGUUUUUCCCCAUGGCCCGGCUUUUAUGGAGUGUGUUGCAGGCUUUAAACCCAGGAUUUGUGUGUAUUUACUAAACAACAAUGAAGGUUGUCAGUUUGAACGCAAAAAUUCUUGUUUUUGUGUUGUAUUCAAUUGAAUAUAGAUUGAAGAUGAUUUGCAAAUCACUGUAUUGUUUUUUUUUUUCCCAUUUUACCCAUCGUCCCAGAUAUUCUGGAAUUGGGGUUUGCAUACAACAUAGUAUGACAUUAAGCAGCAAUAAAAUCACAGUUAAUGCUGCUUCUACAACAGGCUGGAUGGAGAUGUUUUUGUUGAUCUUGAAGCCUGUAGAGAAUAAUUUGACAUUUUGGGAAAUACAAGCGUUAUCUUCCUUUGUGAGCGUUCAAUAAAAACAUCAAUACCACCUCUUGUCUGCAUGUUAAGCACGGAGCUGGAGCCUGGAGGCGGUAAGAUUAG